UUCCUGACCGGAACCACUUCAAUGUGACACAAGGAAAAAGACACCGGAGCCCUGUUUGUGUUAUUAUUCUGAGCUAACUGUCAAGCAGAAACACAACUAGCUCGCAUUUAAACCGCACGUCACAACAUGUCUUCUGACUUCGAAGCCUACGAACAGGACUUUGGCACCCUCACAGCCGAAGUGACCAACAAAAUCGGCCGAAUUCCCAAACUGAGUGGAGAGGAGAAGACACAGCUGGUUCUAAAUGUCGACAAACAGCUUGAAGAAGUCAGAGAGUUGCUGGAGCAGAUGGACUUGGAGGUACGAGAGAUCCCCGUCCAGAGCCGAGCCAUGUACAACAGCCGACUGAAGAGCUACAAGCAAGAGGUGGACAAGCUGGAGAAGGACUUCAAAAGGUCACGCAUCGCCUACAGUGACGAAGUGCGCAACGAGCUCCUGGGGGAUGACGCCAGCUCCUCGGAGAGCCAGUUGAUAAAGUUACGCGAAGAGAGAGCGCAUCUGUUGGACAACACAGAGAGGCUGGAAAGGUCAUCGCGGAGACUGGAGGCCGGCUACCAGAUAGCAGUAGAAACCGAACAAGUGGGCCAGGAGAUCCUCGCCAACCUUAACACCGACCGUGAGAAGAUCCAGAGAGCCAGGGAGAGGCUGAGAGAAACGGACGCCAAUCUGGGCAAGAGCUCUCGCAUCCUCACUGGCAUGCUGAGAAGGUAAGAGGCAGGAUCAUCCAGAAUCGAGUCCUGGUCUUUGUCCUGGGAGCCUUCAUUCUCCUCACUAUCAUCCUGGCCAUUUAUUUCAAUCUGCGAGGCCACUGAUCCUCCAUGUCCUCUCUCUCUCUUGCACACACACACACACACACACACACACACACACACACACACACACACACACACACACGCACACACGCACGCACGCACGCAGGAAUAAUAGCGACAAAAGUGUUGUUUGUCAGUAAUUAUGACAAAUGGUUGUCAUGAAUCAAAGUUUCCCAAAGCCUGACAAGAAGAUUUUGUUUCCCUCCUAAAUCCAUCUCCUCUUCCUCUUCCUCCUUCUUCUUGUCUUUCCUCCUCCUCUUCCUCUUCCUCGUCACGCUCUGGCUUCCAUCCUUUGGGACACAAAUAGAUUUGUUGAUGUCAGCAUCUUCCCCGGGUGAAGAUGAGGAUGAUGAUGAUGGUGUCUCCUUAUCAGAGAUAAGACUCUCCAUCACUUUGUUUUAGUGACAAACAACUUCUGUGUAUCAUAACUCUAUUUAUUAUUUAUCAACCAGUCGUCUUAUUUGUCUUCUUCUUUUUAAAGGGCCUCUUUACAACAAGGGUACACGUAUAAAGCGUUUAUAACUGUUUAUAAAAGCCUCGUUAAUCAUCUAUUAAAAAUAAAAUCAUAAUGUUUAUGUAGUCGUAACACAGCUGUUUAUUAAUGUUCCAUCAAACAUUUAUGGCCCUUAUGAAGCUCAAUUAUGAAGCGCUACCUAAGUUGGAAAUUGCUACGCUGUGUUAGUCAGUAAUAAAAAGUACAAAUCGGUAGUAAACAGUAAUAAUCAAUAAAAACAUGAAUAAUCAGUAAUAAAAAGUGAUCGUCAGUAAUAAUCAGUAUAAAAAAGUGAUAAUCAGUAUAAAUUGGUAAUAAUCUCUAAUAAAUAUCAAUAAUCAGUAGUAAACUAAUAGUCAGUGGUUAACCGUAAUAAACAGUGAUGUCAGUAAUAAACAGGGUUAAUGCGUAAAACAUUGAUAAGUAGCAAUAAAAUGAUCAACGGUAAUAAACAGUGAUAAGUCGUAAUAAAAAGUGAUCAUCAGUAAUAAACAGUAGUAAUAAUGAGUAAUAAACAAUAAUAAACGGUGUAAAUCAGCAAAAAACAGUACUAAAAUCAGGAUUAAACCAUUAUAAUCGGUAAUAAACAGUAAUAAUCAUUAGUUAACAGUAAUGAUCAGUGAAACAGUAAUAGCAGUAACUAAAAUCAGUAAUAAACUGUGAUAAUCAGGAGUAAACAGUAAUAAUCAGUAGUUAACAUUAAUAAACAGUAAUAAUCAGUGAAACAGUAAUAGCAGUAAAAAAAAAAUCAGUAAUAAACUGGGAUAAUCAGGAGUAAACAGUAAUAAUCAGUAGUUAACAGUAAUAAUCAGUGAAACAGUAAUAGCAGUAAAAAAAAAACAGUAAUAAACGGAUAAUCAGGAGUAAACAGUAAUAACAGUAAAAAAAAAAAAUCAGUAAUAAACUGUGAUAAUCAGGAGUAAACAGUAAUAAUCAGUAGUUAACAUUAAUAAACAGUAAUAAUCAGUGAAACCGUAAUAGCAGUAAAAAAAAACAGUAAUAAACUGUGAUAAUCAGUAAUAAACAGUAA